AUGUCGGUUGAAAAGCACGCCAUCGAUGACAAGAGUCACUCUAUCGGCGACAAGAAAACCGACGUCGACGUCUCCAACCGAUUGGUUGCUGGCCCCAUGGACUCGCAACCUGUUUCACUUGUCGAGUACAUCCACUGGGCCAAGAUCCAGCGAGAGAUCGAGGCGCGUGACACGACGUAAGUGGGCUCGAUCUAAGCGGUUCCGAUUCUGUGCCUAAGCUCAACCCGAGGGGCGACUCGUGGCCCUGACUGGUGGAUCUGGCUCGCCAAAAUAUCUUGACAUUAACCAUCUUUUCGAAACGUUCAUCCAUAGUCAGGUUAAGACCGGCGGCUUGGGUCCCUUGGGGAAGAUCAUUGCGCAAAAGAUGGACAAGACCGGCGGGGAGGGAAUGACCGUCAGCCCUGAGAUUCAGCAGCGCAUGGAGGCCGAGCUAGAGCAGAUGCAGGGCUUCUCACCCCAUCAUCAGGUACGAUGAACAUCGUAGGUCACCUGGAUAAUGGCUCUGGGCAUCAUCGCGCUGACACAAGAGCCCCUAUUCUUUUUGCGCGUUCGGCCUUCAGGAGCUCUCGAACGCGCGUCGCAUGUUGCGUCAAGCCGGAUGGGCCACGGUUUUCUUCCUGAUCACGAUCGAUAUCCUUGGUCCUUACAACUCAGCAUAUGCGAUUAGUACAAUUGGACUGGUUCCCGGUAUCUGUCUGUGUGAGUAUGGUGGACAACGGCGAAGAAGAGCGAGAGGAAGCGGACCCCACUGUGCGCGUUGUUUCCGAGCGGCGCGCUGAACUUGUCCUGGUUGUGGUGGCUCCGCAGAUGCAUUGUUUGGUGCAGCAGCUGGCUUCACCGGAUACAUGAUAUGGAAGAUGUUUUGCCAGCUCGACUCGGUGCGAUUCCCCGUUCGACACUACGGCGAUUUGGCCGAGCGCAUUUACGGCCCCUGGGCUCGUCAUGUGUGCAACGUCCUCGUCACCCUCCAACUCUUGUUCAACUGCGGUAUCGUCAUCCUCGGAAAUGGGCAAGCUCUAACUCAGAUCGUUAAGGGCAACAUUUGCUUUACCGUCUCGAUCGUCAUUUGGGCCGUGGUGGGAGCGGUAAUCAGUUUCGUCCGCAAGUUGCACGCCUUUUCGGCCUUCGGCAACUUCUCGGUCUGGCUGAACAUCUUGAUCAUGAUCUUGUCGAUGGCUUUUGUCGCCCACUCGCCUCCCAACAUCGCUGGUGCGAUCGCGGCGUACGGCGAUUCGAUCGGCACGGGUCCCGUUGUGAUCAAGGCAGUCGUCGGCGGUAGCGUGUUCAACCAAGUGAACGGCGCGUUCAACAUGGUCUUCGCCUACGGCGGCAGCAUGAUCUUUCCCGAGAUUAUCGCCGAGAUGCGACGACCCUACGACGCCAUUAAGGGUAUUGCGUGCGCCCAGAUCUUCAUCUUCACCGUCUACCUCUUCUACGGAACCUUCAUCUACUGCUCCCAGGGCCAAUAUACCUUGCCGCUUGCCUACCAAGGUGUUUCCAAGUAUGCUUGGCAAUGCAUCGGCAACGGCAUCUCGCUCGUUACGGUCACUGUCGCCGCGGGUCUCUAUGCCAACGUCGGUCUCAAGGUCGUCUACACCAACAUUGUCGAGGGCGUGUUCAAGGGGCCUUCGCUCAUGUCGAGGAAGGGUCAAAUGAUUUGGCUUCCUAUGGUCAUCAUUUGGUGGGUGGUCGCCUGGGUCAUCGGAACCGGUCUCCCCGGUUUGGGUGCCCUCACCGGCCUCGUCGGAGCCGUCGCCAUCUUCCAGUUCUCCUACACGUUCCCGCCUUUCCUCAUACUGGGCCUCACCGUGGGUAUGGACGCCUCGCUCGCCGAUGAGCCCUUUACCACUCCCGGUGUAGCCCCCAAGCGUAUCGACACGUGGCGUGAUUUCGUAAGUUGCCGCAGUGGUUCUCUCGUGCUCAAGGAGCCCCUCGCUGAGAGCUUAUCUGCUUCGCAGUCGCGCUGGAAGCGUGGUUUCGCGGCCGGUGGAAGCAAGCGUCUCGCAUACAAGUAAGUCGAACUAGGACUCAUCAUCGAAGCUCGUACUUGAGCUCAUCAUGCCUUCGAUCCGCACGCGCUGCAGGAUCUUCAACGUCUUCUUCUUCAUCGGCGCUCUCGCCACUGGGGGUCUCGGCAUGUGGGGGACGGGAACGGCUCUUGCUCAGACGAUCAAGGCCGGAGCAGCUUCUUCUUUCGGAUGUGCCGCACCCGUCUAA